AUGUCUCAGUGCCUGAACUGCAAUGCGCCUUUUGCCGACGAUGCGCAACUCAUUGAAGUUGCUCUUCAUGAUACUACCACCGAUGUGCACCUCGACCAUGAUCCAUUCUGGGUCGAGGCCUUUUUCCACCCUGGCAUGAGCUACCAGUGGCCACCUGGAACAGGAAAAACAAGAACUGCUGUGGUCAUCAUCCUCUUGCUCAUGGCAUUGAAUUUGAAGGUCCUGCUUGUCGCUGGCUCAAAUAAGGGCGUCGACAAUCUCGCGGAGGCUGUUGUUGCAGCUCUGAGCAAACACACUCCACUUCAGCGGUGGUGUGGCCAACUUGUUCGCUUCCGAACUCCAGCCUAUCAGCUUGCACAAGUCAGAAUCGACAGCGCAAACUCCGAUCAACGCAGACUGGGAGCGUCAAGAAAAGGGAGCUUAGCAAGCCAGGUCCUCGAUCCGGCUGUUGCAGCCGUGCCAGUACUGCAGCAGAGCGAGGCCUUUUCGGCACGCAGAGCGUGGGUCGCGUUACCCCAGUGCGCUUCGUACAGCCAAGCGCCUCAGUCACUGCCUGGGUUGUCUGCAGCGCCGCCACAAGAUGAAGAAGAGGCCGGCCACGAAGACGUGGAGAUGAUGGAGGACUUCGGGGACCAAAGGGCCCCAUCGGAACCUCGCGAAUAUGACGAGUUCGCCCUCCAACUGUAUCGGGAACGGGAACGAUCACACUCCCCUGAGCACCCAGAUUUGUCCAUCGAGCGUGGAUACAGGGAUCGCCGUAGCCCUGGGCGCGAUGUGGCAAUGAGAGCAGCGUAUUACGUUGAGGGGAACGAUGUCCAAGCCCUCAGACGUCAAUCCAACGAGAUGCGCCUACGGUCGAUGAUUGCACAGGAAGAGCGUUUACGUGCCCAGGAGGAGCGCGAGAUGUUCGAAGCACGACUUGCUGAGGAGAGACUACGGACCCUCGAAAGAAACGGGCGUGGACGACGAACCUGUAUUGUUUCGGUUAUUUGA